UGCAACGCCACCGCACUGUUCAGGGGAAACUGUUCAUUUAAUGCGAGGAAAAACACAGAGGUCAGCAGACAUUUGUCUCCGGCUGAGAAAGAAAAGCGUGUUAUUGUUUGUCUCCUGUUACGGAGCGUCGGGGAAAUGAGGACAAGAAACCAAAUACCGGAAAUAAAACAGAAACGACGAAGUUGAUUGCGCACGGUAAAGUAUGUUUAAGUGCGAUAUGAAUAGAACUAAUUCAGUACACCUUAACCAUCUUAAGAACUCACCGGUAUUCGGGUGAGCUAACAAGUUGUACGCUUUUACUAACUAGUGCUCACUAUUCAUAUGUGACCUUGUAUCGUACAGUUAGGGUGUGACUUGUUUGGUCUGGUAGCGUUCGCCGCCGAUAUAGGGCACCACGAUAUCGCUUACGGAAUGAAGGCGUAAGCCAUAGCGGAAGAGCGAGGCCCAUUGCGAGAAGGAGGAAGAACACCACCGAGUAAAGAAACGCGGCGGCGGGAAAAGAACAUUAAAGGCAACAUCCGCCUCCGCAGGUAAAAAUAAGCUCCGGCGUUACAGUUGGCCGAACCAGCGUUGCGGACUCCAGGAACUGGAGCGGUGGCUGCGCGCUGCUUUCUCCUCCACGGCCGCAGGGGGGGUGAGGUCGAUGUACCGAGUCCUUCCGUUAGGCGAGUGGGCGAAAGUCGAAGGCUCGCUCCCAGUGAGACGAUCAGAUGCCUUUGUGCACUCGCGGGCGCAGCUGGACAGAGCACACUGUCACUACGCUAACGAAGGAGAAAUGGAGGCCAUCAAGUCCACCCCCGGUCACAGGUUCGGGCGAACCAGUAUGCCUUUCAGCCUCCAACCCAAAGUGUGGCUCGACAAAUUGCACGCCAUCUCGGAUCCCAGAACCCGAGACUAUCCGGUGGUGUUGAAUCCAUUUUUCGUCACGCUGAUGCUGGUCGCCUACCUGUACUUCGUCAAGGUUGCCGGACCGCGAUGGAUGAAGAACAGGGAACCAUUUCAGAUCACAAACAUCAUCCGCGUGUACAACAUCACCCUGGUCAUUGUGAACAUCGUCGCCAUCUUUGUGAUUCUCAUUCCCACGUACCUGCCCGGAGGAACGUACAGCCUGCUGUGCCAGGGCCUGACCGGAAAGUCCCCAGAGCAUCACCUCAAGUUUUACAAGUACGGCUGGAUUCUCGUCGCCUGGCGAUACGCCGAUCUCCUGGACACCGUCUUCUUCGUUCUGCGCAAGAAGUUCAAUCAGGUGACCCAGCUCCAUGUCAUCCACCACACCAUCGUGGUCAUCAACGUCUGGUUCUACACCCGCUUUGCUCCCGAGGGUCAGCCGGCACUCGGCCUCGCGCUCAACAUCUUCGUGCAUGCCAUCAUGUACACCUAUUACUUCCUCGCCAGCUUCGGAGCCCGCAUGCAGAAGUAUUUGUGGUGGAAGAAGUACCUCACGACGCUGCAAAUUGUGCAGUUCCUCAUUAUCAUCGUGCACAUGUCAAUCCCUCUCUUCAUUGACUGCGGAUUCCCCAGGCACGUCGUGCACAUAGCGAACGCUCAGACUUUCCUCAUCCUCUGCCUGUUCAUAAACUUUUACCUGCGGUCGUACACGCAUUACAGCAACAAAUCAAGCGCUGCCUCAGCGUCAGCGAACAGUGCAGUCACCGGUGCGCAGAGUAAAGAAGACAAGAAAGAUUAGGCUGACAGAACUGACCCAUUUUCUUCAGCCUACGCAUUUCAUUCGAUUGCCUAUUGAACGACAAUGUUGCGCAACGCGGUGGUUUCCGAGCCAGCAUAAGUAAUAGUGAGUGCCGCAGCUGGGGAAUGUAAUCGACAUUUAGUCAUUUGUGAUUAACGUAAUUCCUGCCAGCUUAGCUACGUUUGUUAUAUAUGGUGUUAGUAUGUGUGAUGAACAAUUCACCCACUUUCGUGACAGCCAUCAUUUGUACAGAUACGCGGAGAAGUCAAUAAAGUCUCGGAGAAAGAAACAUGGAGCCA